AUGCGGACUUCUAUAAGUAAUACUAUAAAGCCUGAAACUGAAGGAGGAGGAGGCUCAAAUAACAAUGAUGAUGGACGUACAAUAUACGUUAAUGAUUCUCCACGCAACUUACAACAAAAAUUCUUGCAUAAUAGAAUUUCUACAGCAAAAUACAAUUGGUUGACUUUUUUACCAAAAUUUUUGUAUGAACAAUUUUCGAAAUAUGCCAAUUUGUUUUUUUUAUUUACAGCUUGCAUACAGCAAAUUAAAGAUGUAUCUCCAACAAACCCAUAUACGACGCUUGGUACUUUAGUUGUCGUUUUGACAGCUACUGCACUUAAGGAAAUUAUGGAAGACUUCAAACGGCAUCGUUCUGACGCAGAAGUCAAUCAACGUUCCUGUAAAACUUUACAAGGAAGCUCAUUUGUUGCAAAAGAGUGGAAUGAAAUAAAAGUUGGAGAUAUUGUUCGCGUAGAGAGUGGAGAUUUCUUUCCAGCUGAUUUGGUUUUGCUCAGUAGUUCUGAACCUGAAGGAUUAUGCUAUAUUGAAACAAGUAAUUUGGACGGUGAAACCAAUUUGAAAAUUAAACAAGCAUCUAGUGAAACGUCCAAUUUAAUUUCGCCUUCAGAAAUAAGCCGUUUAGGAGGUUAUGUUAAAUCCGAAAAGCCGAAUAAUAGUUUAUAUACAUAUGAUGGUUUACUAGUAAUGAAUGGGAUAAAUGGCCAAAAACAAGUUCCUUUGGAUCCUACUCAAUUGUUACUCAGGGGUGCACAAUUAAGGAAUACGCCAUGGAUUUAUGGUAUUGUAAUCUUUACCGGCCAUGAAACUAAAUUGAUGAGAAAUGCCAGUGCAACACCCAUAAAGAGAACUAGCGUUGAAAAAAUGGUCAAUAUUCAGAUUAUUUUCUUAUUCUGUAUUUUGUUGACAAUGAGUUUGGCGUGUUCUAUCGGAUUUUUUAUCAGAGCUUUGAAAUUCGGCAAUGAAAUGCCAUAUCUUAAUCUUUUCGGAGCGAACGAUAAUCUUUUUAGUCAAUUUGGAUUCAAUAUAUUGACUUUUCUAAUCUUGUUUAAUAAUUUAAUUCCUAUAAGCUUGAUUGUUACAAUGGAAGUUGUGAAAUUUCAACAAGCUUCAUUGAUUAAUUCGGACCUGGAUAUGUAUUAUGAAAAGACCGAUACUCCAGCUUUAUGCAGAACUAGUAGUUUAGUUGAGGAAUUAGGACAAAUUGAAUAUAUAUUUUCUGAUAAAACUGGUACACUCACAUGUAACGAAAUGGAGUUUAGGCAAUGUUCUAUUGCCGGGAUAGCAUAUGCAGAUGCAGUAGAAGAGUCAAAGCGUGCUCGAGUAAUCGAUGGUGUAGAAGUUGGCUUACACGACUUUAAGAAACUAAAAUCGAAUUUGAGAAAUCAUUCAACCGCUAAUGUCAUCAAUGAAUUCUUGACUCUUUUAGCAGUAUGUCACACUGUAAUACCUGAAGGAAACGAGAAAAAUAUUAAUGAUAUCAUAUAUCAGGCUUCUUCACCUGACGAAGGUGCUCUUGUAAAAGGCGCUUCGACGCUUGAUUUUAAAUUUACGACGCGUCGUCCAAAGUCAGUUACAAUAGUUGUUAAUGGACAAGAACAGGAAUUUGAAGUUUUAAAUAUUUGUGAAUUCAACAGUACACGUAAGCGUAUGUCAACAGUUGUCCGCAGUCCUGACGGAAAGAUAAAGUUAUAUUGUAAAGGAGCCGAUACGGUAAUUUUAGAACGUUUAAGUGAGAAUAAUCCUUUUACUGAACAGACUUUACAACAUCUUGAAGAAUAUGCCACCGAAGGUCUUAGAACUCUUUGUAUAUCCAUGCGUGAGAUAUCAGAGGAAGAAUACAGAAUUUGGGCUGGUGUUUAUGAAAAAGCUUCUACAACUUUAACGAAUCGUCAGGAAGAACUCGAUAAAGCUGCUGAAAUGAUUGAAAAAAAUCUUUUCCUUUUGGGUGCAACAGCUAUUGAAGACAAAUUACAAGAUGGUGUACCAGAAACUAUUCAUACCCUUCAACAAGCUGGCAUCAAAAUUUGGGUUCUUACUGGUGACAGACAGGAAACUGCAAUAAACAUUGGCCUUAGUUGUAAAUUAAUUCAAGAAGAAAUGACUUUGAUUGUUAUUAACGAGGAGAGUCAUUGGGAAACAAAAGAAUCUCUGGAGAAAAAAAUUCAAGCAAUGAAGGGUCGCAUCAAUCCCGAAGCAGAGCCACUUGCUCUUGUUAUUGAUGGUCGUACACUUGAAUUUGCGCUUGAAAAAGAUCUUGAGAAAACUUUUCUUGAGCUCGCGACUUUGUGUAAAGCUGUGGUUUGUUGUCGCGUUUCACCUCUUCAAAAGGCUCUUGUCGUAAAACUCGUAAAACGUCACUUAAAAGCCAUUCUCCUAGCUAUUGGUGAUGGCGCAAAUGAUGUUUCCAUGAUUCAAGCAGCUCAUGUUGGUGUUGGUAUUAGUGGUCUUGAGGGAAUGCAGGCAGCUCGUAGCGCUGAUGUUGCUAUUAGCCAGUUCAAAUAUCUGAAAAAACUUCUAUUGGUACACGGAGCAUGGAGUUACCAAAGAUUGAGUAAACUUAUUUUAUACUCUUUUUAUAAGAACAUAACACUCUAUAUGACUCAAUUUUGGUACACAUUCCAAAACGGUUUCUCCGGUCAAGUUAUUUAUGAAUCUUGGACGAUUACGUAUUAUAAUGUCCUUUUUACUGUAUUACCACCAAUCGUAAUAGGAGUUUUUGAUCAGUUUGUUAGUGCGAGAAUGUUAGAUCGCUAUCCACAAAUGUACAUGUUGGGCCAAAAGAGUGAAUUUUUUAAUGUCAAAACUUUUUGGGGCUGGACGAUAAAUGCUUUUUAUCAUUCCUUGAUUUUAUAUUAUGUACCAGUAGUUAUUUUCAAUCAAGACCUUGUGUUGUCAAGUGGACAGUUAGCAGGCCACUGGGUGUGGGGUACAACAAUUUAUACAGCAGUUUUAGCAACAGUUUUAGGGAAAGCUGCUUUAAUAACAGAUUUAUGGACAAAAUAUACCUAUAUUGCGAUUCCAGGGUCAUUUAUUUUCUGGCUGGUUUUCAUUGUAUUAUAUGGUUCAAUUGCUCCAAAACUAAGAUUUUCAGAAGAAUAUGAAGGCAUUGUUGGAGUAAUUUUCACAAGUCCAAUAUUUUAUGCUACUAUUAUUCUAAUACCAACUAUGUGUCUUUUGAGAGAUUUUGCCUGGAAAUACGCAAAACGUAUGUACAUUUCACGUUCUUAUCAUACUGUGCAAGAAAUCCAAAAAUUCAAUAUUCCCGAUUACCGACCUCGCAUGGAGCAAUUCCAAAAGGCAAUACGAAAAGUGCGUGCUGUACAAAGAUUACGAAAAAGUCGUGGGUUUGCCUUUUCUCAAAACGAAUCUGGGCAAGAAGCGCAACUUAUCAGAGUAUACGAUACCACUUUGGCAAAACCAAAGGGUUAA